CAGGCAGGCUGAGAACUUGAGACUUGUGACCGCUUCUGGAAUGACUUCUUCACAACUUCCAGGCCAGCCUACAAGCCUGAGCGCAUACAUGACGACGACCGGCACGAUGGCACCCCCGGUAUUUGAGGAUUGUAUCCAGAGGUUCGCAUACAUAAAUGAGCUUGCCGCCCUGAGAGAGAACAUUUUAAAGGAACAUCAUCGCACGCUCAACGCCAAUCGACAAAACCGAACAUCACAUACCCCUCCAACACCACUAGACUCUCCCCACAAUGCCUUCCCUCGUCGGCAAACAAAUCGGCUCAACCGGCUUCGGCCUCAUGGGCCUCGCCACCCGCGUACCUCCAAUAUCGGACGAGCAAGCCAUCGGCGCCAUGCGCGCCGCCAUCGAGUCGGGCAUGACCUUCUGGAACGGGGGGGACCACUACGGCACCCCCGAGCGCAACUCCCAGACACUGCUGGCCAACUACCUCCGCCAGUACCCGGAGGAUGCGGACAAGAUCGUGCUCAGCGUCAAGGGCGCCUUCGACUUCGCCACCAUGUCGCCCGAUGGCUCGCCCGAGGGCAUCAAGAAGAGCAUCGACAAGGUUCUCGCCGAUCUCGACGGCACGCACAGGAUCGACAUUUUCGAGUGCUCGCGUGUCGACCCCAAGAUCCCGCUCGAGACGACACUCAAGUUCCUCGAGGAGGAGUACGUGAAUAAGGGCAUCAUUGGCGGAAUCGCGCUCAGCGAAGUCGCAGCUCCGACUAUCCGUCGUGCGGCUGCCAUCACCAAGAUUGUGGCUGUCGAGGUUGAAGUCAGUCUGUGGAACACGCAUGUCCUGGAGAAUGGCGUCGCCGCCGCCUGUGCCGAGCUGAACAUCCCUAUUGUCGCCUAUUCCCCCAUUGGUCAAGGCAUGCUUGGCGGCCUGUUCAAGUCCCUCGACGAUCUCCCCCAAGGCGAUCUGAGGCGCUACUACCCACGGUUCCAGCCCGAGAACUUCGCCAUCAACCUUGAGCUCGUGAAGCAGCUCGAGACCCUGGCCAAGCAGAAGGGCUGCACCCCCGCGCAGCUCGCUCUCGGGUGGAUUCAGAGUCUGUCAAAGAAGCCGAACAUGCCGACUUUUAUCCCCAUCCCCGGCGCGACGACCGAGGCGAGGGUGCGCGAGAACGGUGUCCAUGUCGAGCUGACGGAGGAAGACCUCAAGGCUAUUGACGAUGUCCUGGCCAAGUUUGAGGUUGUCGGUGAGCGCUACCCGGCUGGUGUGCCGACUGAUGGCUAGUUGGCUAUCACGUUCGGUUGUAAUUGAUGGCUAGCCACAUGGUUGAGGAUGUAACUGGUAGCUUUUGCUACAUCGGUGCACUUGAAGUUUAGCGGAAAUUGAGGUAGAACAAAUAGAAUAAUGG